CCCCGCGCGGCCCCGGUCGCCCGGGCAGCGGCGGCGGCGGUGGCGGCAGAGGCGCUCGCACCCCCGGCCCCGGCCGGCCCCCGGCGAGUAGCGGGCACAGGUCCCUGGAAGGUGGCGUCAGCAUCUGCAGCCGCGUCGACGUUGUCGGAGCCUCCGCGGAGGACCCAGGAGAGCCGGACCAGGACCAGGGCCCUGGGCCUCCCCAUGGAGCAGUCAGCUGCCUCCCCAGAGCCCCCGGGGCCUCGGCCAGUCCUGGGCCGCGACAGCGUCCAGGUGCCCGACGACCAGGACUUCCGCAGCUUCCGGUCAGAGUGUGAGGCCGAGGCGGGCUGGAACCUGACCUACAGCAAAGCUGGUGUGUCUGUGUGGGUGCAGGCUGUGGAGAUGGAUCGUACCCUGCACAAGAUCAAGUGUCGAAUGGAGUGCCGUGAUGUGCCAGCAGAGACACUCUACGAUGUCCUACAUGACAUUGAAUACCGAAAGAAGUGGGACAGCAACGUCAUUGAAACUUUCGACAUUGCUCGCUUGACAGUCAACGCUGAUGUGGGCUAUUAUUCUUGGAGGUGUCCAAAGCCCCUGAAGAAUCGUGAUGUCAUCACCCUCCGUUCCUGGCUGCCCAUGGGCACUGAUUACAUCAUCAUGAACUACUCAGUCAAACAUCCUAAAUACCCGCCUCGGAAAGACUUGGUCCGAGCUGUGUCCAUCCAGACGGGCUACCUCAUCCAGAGCACGGGGCCCAAGAGCUGCGUCAUCACCUACCUGGCCCAGGUAGACCCCAAAGGCUCCUUACCCAAAUGGGUGGUGAAUAAAUCUUCUCAGUUCCUGGCUCCCAAGGCCAUGAAGAAGAUGUACAAAGCGUGCGUCAAAUACCCUGAGUGGAAGCAGAAGCAUCAACCACACUUCAAACCGUGGCUACACCCGGAGCAGAGCUCGUUGCCGAGCCUGGCGCUGUCGGAGCUGUCAGUGCAACAUGCGGACUCGCUGGAGAACAUCGACGAGAGCGCGGUGGCAGAGAGCCGGGAGGAUCGCACAGGCAGCGCGGGCGGCGGCGAGGGCAGCGAUGACGACACCUCGCUCACCUGAGCGCGGCACCACGGCAGGGACGGCGAUACUACGGGGCGGAGCCCAGAGGCGGCGGAUCCUCCCCCGCUUUCUCCCCUCCCCCACCUCCUGCGCCUCCUGGGGACGCUGGGCUCGGGCCCAGGCUGGCGCUGCGGCCUGGCUGGACACAGCCCCAAUAAAUGAUCCCACAGCCUCA